GAUUUCUAAAUCAUGAUUAUCGAGAACUUUCCAAAACAAACCCAAAUGAAAUAGGUGAAAGCAAGGCAAAGAUGGUACCUUUUGUUUUGUUUUGUUUUUUUUUUUUUUCUUUUUUUCUUUUUCCACAGUAAACGCAAAGAUGGUACUUGGGUUUUGGUCUUUUAAAGAUGGUACUUUGAGAAGCUCGAAGCCACUCUCAACUCAUCUCAUCUGACCAGAAACUUGUGGCCUUGUCAGCCCUCACUCUCAGAUGGGUCACACCCCCCAAACCCAAUUGUCCAUUUAUCAAACCACCCUCUUUCAACCGCACCUUUAUAGGCCCCACUCCUUCUCUACAGACUACAAUACAAACCCCCUCCUCCCUUCUCCUUCCCCUCUUCCUCCUAUCUCCCAUUUUCCUCCGCCUGCCCCUCCUCCUCCUCCUCCUCCUCCUCCUUCUCUCCCUCCUCCAUAUUUCUUGGUAACCUAAACAACUAAGAUACAUAAGAAUUAGCAUAUACCUUCAUGGAUAAGAGUGAAAGAGAGACUCAUGACUUCAUGAACGUGGAAUCUUUCUCUCAGCUUCCUUUUAUCCGUCCAGCACCCGUCAAAGAAAAGAGCAUUCGUCUUUUUGGCAUAGAAUUCGGAGGAAACGACAGUGCAGCGGGCGAUGAUUCUGCGUCAGCCGAAACCAAUGAAGACAACACUAAAGAAAGCGAGGGUGGAGACAAUAAUAGAAGAUUUGAGUGCCAUUACUGUUGUAGAAACUUCCCUACUUCUCAAGCCUUAGGUGGCCAUCAAAACGCACACAAAAGAGAGCGCCAGCACGCAAAACGCGCUCACCUUCAGUCGGCUAUGGUUCACAAUAGCUUCUCUGAUGCUCAUAUCUAUGGCAUGAUGAACUACAGGAUAGGUUCAAAUCCUACCCCAGCCAUGUCUUACCCUUCUUGGAAUAGUCACGCCAAUAGUUCAAGGUUUUAUGGUUCCCAUGGCUCUUAUCCGCAGCAGCCUAUAAAUGGAAGUCCAUUAGGCUUGUGGCGGAUUCCGACGGUUCACAGUAGUGCCACUCUUCAUAGGGACCGUUCCAUGAACCCUUUGCCAUUAUUUUCAGGCGAGGAAUUGAAGCUAUCCCAGGUGGGUGGCUCUAGCUCUCAGGGACGAUAUGGAUAUGAAGGAAAGCCAAGCGUGCAAGACCAUGUGAGUUUAGAUCUUCAUCUGUAAUUUGAUAUAACAUCCAAUGAAAGGAGAAAUUGAGAUUUUUCUUGAGCUGAUGCUAAUCUUUAAUUUGUUCUGCAAAAUGAAACAAUUUUUAGAAUAA